GACUUUGUUUCAUUUUCCCACAUUUGUGCACUUUCACAGAUACUAAACAGUUAAAUUUUCGACAGUGUGAAGACAUCAGUUUUGCGUGUAUAACAAUGUAUUAAGUGAGCAUAAGUGUCUAUAUUCUUUAAUACCGUAUAUUUAUUACUCACUUUAGUCUGCGAAUCUUUUACAUUUGUUUACAUAUUAACACACUUUUGACAUCAUGAACAGAAACAAGAAUAGUGCCAAAAUGUCUGGCAGAGCAGACGAAAUGGAAUUGACAACUUAUAGCAGAAUGAAUGGAGACAAGCCUCCUGAUAUUAAGGAGAAUGUAAAGGAAAACUCUUGGGUAGCUGGUGUGCAAAUGUUUGUUUCAUUUUUGCUUGCCGGAUUUGGUAUGGUGGCAGCCAGCCUUCUUUUAGAUGUUGUCCAACACUGGGACGUAUUUUCAAAAGUGUCCGAAGUAUACAUACUGGUACCGGCCUUAUUAGGUCUCAAAGGUAAUUUAGAAAUGACAUUAGCUUCAAGACUUUCAACACAUGCACAUUUAGGUCACUUAGAAACGAGUCUAGGAUCCUUAGUUGUUGGUAACCUCUGCUUGAUUCAAUGUCAGGCAGUUCUAGUAGGGUUUUUAGCUGCAAUGGCAGCUGUGGCAAUGGGGUGGAUACCAGAAGGCGAGUUUGAUAUUCAUCAUGCUUUAUUGUUGUGUGCCUCCAGUGUCUUAACUGCAUCGUCUGCAAGUUUAGUCCUUGGUUUGAUUAUGAUUGGUGUGAUAGUCAUUUCCAAACGUAUAAACAUAAAUCCAGACAAUAUUGCUACACCAAUAGCUGCCAGUUUGGGAGACCUGACAACUUUAGCACUAUUGUCCUUUGUAGCAUCUUUGUUGUAUAAGUCUAUUGGUACGAGUGUAGUAUUACCAUCGAUAAUUAUAAUAAUGGGUGCUUCUAUUGUACCUGUUUGUGGUUAUGUGGCAUGGAAAAAUAAGUUUACACAGCAAGCUUUAGAUGAAGGAUGGGUGCCUGUUGUAUCAGCUAUGGUAAUAAGCAGUAUUGGUGGUCUUAUAUUAGAUCACACAGUGUCUGUCUAUAAAGGAAUAGCAGUAUAUCAAUUAGUGAUCAAUGGAAUUGGUGGUAAUAUGGUAGCUGUACAUGCUUCAAGAUUAUCAACAACACUGCACACUGGACAAAAAGAAGACUCUGUUAUAAGCAGCACAACUAAACUUCUUCUUUUGAUGGUAGUACCUGGACAAUUAAUCUUUAUUUACACUAUAGAGUACCUAAGAGCUGGCCAUACCUCAACAACAUUAAUCUUCAUUUUUAUUUAUAUGUCUGCUGCUUUGCUCCAAGUGUUUCUUUUAUUGGCUAUAAGUCAUUACAUGGUUGUCUGGAUGUGGAAAUUGGGUAUGGAUCCUGAUAACUCAGCCAUACCAUACUUGACAGCACUAGGAGAUUUACUUGGUACUGCACUUUUAGGUAUCGCUUUUAGUAUAUUGUAUGCUAUAGGAGAUAAAGAUAGUGAUUUGGGUGAUUAAUUUAUCUUUAAUUAAUAGUAUCUUAUAAUAAGACUGUUUUAUCUAUUGUGAAAAGAUAUUUCUUGUGACAUGUGAUUGACAUUACUUAAAACAUUAAUCUUACGAAUCUACUUAAGUAAAACUACAAUCUAUCUACAGGGAAAUUCUAGUACAUAAUAUUGGUGCUAUAGUUCCAUAAUGUGGUAUACAAAAAUAAAUUUAUUUCAUUAUCUUAGGAUUAAUAUAUUUUUGUAAACUUUCAAUAAAUAUAUUG